AUGGUGUACACACUUCGGAGCGGCUUGUUAAGAAAUUUUGGUGGCAUUUGCGACAAGAAGCUCUUUUCACAUUCCUAUCUCGGUACCAAAACUUUAAUUGAAGAGUACAUGGAAGAAGUCGUUGCUCAUAUUGAAUAUAUCGAAUCCACCGACGCUUUGGAUCAGCAGACAAAGCUAAAAUUUUUCAGUGACAGUCGCCAAAGCUUUGGAUGUUCUGCUUUGGUGCUACAAGGAGGAAGUGCUUUUGCAUUGUAUCACCUAGGUGUUCUCAAGGCACUACAUGAACAAGGACUGCUACCUCGAAUCAUUAGUGGUACGGCUGUAGGCGCAAUGAUUGCUGCUCUGAUUUGUAUUCAUACGGACGAAGAACUACCUCGUAUCUUGCAGCCUGAUGGUAUCAACCUAUCUGCAUUUGCGACAAAGAGCGACAGAGGGCAUGUGAAGCGCCGAAUUACGCGAUUCCUCAAAUAUGGCUAUCUGAUGGAUAUGAAAGUGCUCCAACAAUGUGUUCGUGCCAACGUUGGCGAUCUUACAUUUGAAGAAGCGUAUGCUCGCUCUAAACGAGUUCUCAAUAUUAGUGUGUCGUCUAGUCGGAAGAACGAGGUGCCACAGCUGUUAAAUUAUCUUACGGCUCCCAAUGUGCUUAUAUGGAGCGCAGCUUGCUGUUCUACUGCUUCAACUGGUUUGUUUGGUAGUUGUGACCUAUUAGCAAAAGACACUUCAGGAAAUAUCGUCAAGUGGAGUCCUUCGGCAGUGAAAUGGAAUCAUUGGUCAGAAACAACACCCAGUGACAGUGAAGAGCCAUUGCAUAGACUAUCCGAGCUCUUCAACGUGAACCAUUUUAUCGUUUCGCAAGCAACAACGUAUGCACUUCCUUUUAUUUCAAAGGAGAACAGCCUGCAUCAACAUGAAACGUUAUGGAACAAGCUUGCGUAUGUUGUUGCUUCUGAAAUGAAGCAUCGUCUCUAUCAGAUUGACCAGCUGUACAUGCUACCGAAUGUCUUGCGGCCAUUUAUCGAAGAGAAAAUAUCAGGCAAUGUUACAAUUGCACCUAAAGUUAUACUAUCGGAUUUCAACAUACUUUUUUCAAAUCCCACGGCGUCAUCCUUGGCUUACUGGAUUCGCCAUGGUGAACAAUCCACAUGGCCCUUGCUUUCUUUUAUCCGUACAAGGUGCAUGAUUGAACUGGCUUUGGAUAAGGCUGUGCUGCGGUUAAAGGCGCUGAACGUGGAGCAACCACCGGUGGUUGUGCCGCCUACGAAAUAUAUUGAGCAGAAGAAACGUGCACGAUCCAUGCAUUAA